UCGAUACUCUACUCUUCGCUAGUACUGUACCGAUAUUUUUCGCUCCCACCUCGGUAUCGCUGGCAUCGAAUAUUUGGUAUCGGUAUCGGCCCAUCCCUACUAUCUUGUGAAAACGAUGCAUAGUUUGGCUUCUAAGAAAUGGACGAUCAUAACUCUCACUGUAUUCGACCGGUAGACAAUUUGCGAAAUACAAAAAGCUGUGAUGUAUUACGCGACGAAGGAAGAAUAGCUCUGGAUGCCUGUGUAAAGGUCAAAAUUAAAGGCAAACUAGAAACGCGCAGAUAUGACCGACUGAAAGCACUAGAUCGACUUCGGGGCUGUUUUCGAGCAAAACAAGCAAAGGGAUGUGAUUCAUGGUUGGAUUUUUGUGAGUUCGCACUACCCGCUGAUCGAGAUGGGGAUCCCAUCGAUUAUGCCAAGACAUACACCAUUCAUGAUAUCCAUGACGCGCUCGUUAAGCUUGAUGACAUUCCCUUCGUUGAAAAAUACCCAAAAAAGGAGUCUGGUUCGGAGGAGACGAGGGUGUCGAUCGAUGAACGAAGAGAUGCCGUUGAAAGAGAGUUGGAGGAAGCGAGAGCUAAUCUAAACGGAGGACGGAGGUAUUCUUUUACGGUUGCACAGCGUAGAGUCAGGGAUUGCUAUGCUAACAACUUGGCAGGGAAUGAUGCCACUAUCAAAGCACUUCCAUUUACGCGCUCAUUCAACAUUAAGGACAUUUAUAAGGCGGUUCAUUUCCACGAUGAUCAAAGUAUCGAAACAAGCUGUGUACCAAAUGGGCAUGUAUAUGAGAAAAUACGUGCGACUAGGGCUAGUAUCGAGAGAGAAUAUGAAAAUGCUGCGACUCUUUCUGAAACUCCUCACAGAUACAGCGGAGAUGAAGCAGACCAACUCUUGAGAAGUUGCUAUUUUGAUACAGAUGUUCCUUUUCAAAGAUUUGCUGGUGAGGUUGAUAUUUUGCAACUUCGUGGAAUGCUUCACUAUUAUGAUAAAAGAAUACAACCUCACAAAUACCCUGCUAAAGGGCCUGGAUCUGAAACGCUAAGGAAGUCAAUUGAUGAACACAGAGCCAAGUUGAAAGAAGAAUACGAGACUUAUUUAGCCUCUUGUGGUAAUGGACAGAAACCCCAUGAAUAUUCCCGCAAUGAGGCAGAGCAUAGAGUGAGAGACUGUUUUGCAGGUACCUUUCCAGGGGAUGGUGACAUGUUUCCCUUAAAGGAAGAUGACAGUGGAAUGCCAAGGUUUUACCAAACAUUCGACAUCUCUGACAUAAAACAAUCUAUUGACUACUUUGAUGAUAAAAAGCUACUUGAGAAAUAUCCAGAAGAAGGAGCACAUUCUGAAGAAUUAAAAAAAAACGUUGAUGAACAUAGGAAUAGUAUCAAAGAAGAGUGGGAGGAAGCCGCUUCUAUUAAUGAAAUUCAGCAUGGCUCUGGAUUUAUCAUCCAAGAUCACUUUGUACUCACCAACAAGCAUGUGAUAGAUACCUACAUAGAUGAUGAAGACAGAUUAGAAAUUUGCAUUUCUAAUGCAAAGAUUCAGGGCCUGCCUUGUGAGGGCCUGCCUUGUGAGGGCCUGCCUUGUGAGGUCCUCCAUUUUGAUCCAGGAAAAGAUGUUGCAUUGCUGUAUUGCAAAAAUCUUGAUUUGCAACAUAGUUGUAUAUUUCCAUUGCAAUUAUCAGUGCAGCCAUUGCUGCCUGGAAUGCAGAUAUUUUCUUUUGGUUAUCCCAUAAGUCACACAGAUAAAACUGCUCUUUUUGUGACUGGGAAUGUCUCUGGUUCCAGGGAGACCUUAUCAGGUCAUUCCUUGACAGUAUUGAACUGCUCAUUAAACCAUGGUAAUUCAGGGGGUCCAGUACUUGCCUGGGUUGAUGAUCACGUUACUGUUGUUGGCAUUGCAACACAGAAGCAUAUUAAAGAUAUUUUAACACCAAAUGAAAGUCUGACAAUUGAAAAGAUAAAGAAAUCCUUGCAAACGCGCACAAUUUCUGAUGUACCAGGCCAUUUCUUUGAAGGAAGAUACACUUGGACAGAAAUUCCAGAACCUUGUCAAGUCUCAAUUCAUCUGCUCACUUUGAAACUGUAUGAUGCUCUGGAAACACACUCGUCAUUCAAUUUGAGUAAUGCAUUGCCAGGAAAGUUGGUGGUGGAGUUUAUCAAAGAUGCAAUCACUAAAUGUGACACAGAGCAGAAAAAAGAGCUGAACAAAGUACUUGAAACACUUAGGUGAUUUUUUUUUAAACUCUAGUCUAGGAAUACUUUUCAAACCUAUUUUAAUGUUGCUCAAAGGGAUAUUUUUGUUUUUCUUUUCAAAACAGAAAACAAUUUUGAUUUACAGGCAGACCUGUUUUAGACUGGGUCAGAAUUUGUCGCAAAACAAUGCACGCAUAUACAGUUCAAGAAUUCUGUUUUACAUUUGAACUCCUGAUAUUUGAUAAAUCAUUGUGCUGUGUCAGUGUUGUACAUAUCAUUAUUAAAAACUGGAUUAUUGGAUAAUGCAAUUCAAGACUUUUUAUUGGCGUAGCCAUUAUGGCAUAUGAGCCACUAUACCAUAAUCUACAAAUAUGGUAAGCGUACGUGUCAGCUUAAAAUCAAAAGGGAGCUAAAAAAUCCAGU